AUGGUUGGAAAAAGCAGUGGUCCAUCAAAUUCUAAUGAGUCAAGUCGUGACUCACAACGUAGUCAACCUAGAAUAGCUAUCCUCGGAGAUUCGAUGAUUAAACAUUUGGACACCAAACGAAUGCAAAAUGGAUUGAAGAAAGGAAAAGUAACGAUUAAGACAUUUCCUGGUGCAGGUAUUGACCAAAUGAAGCAUUAUGCAGUACCAACUCUAAUUACCAAGCCAAAGACACUUAUAUUUCAUGUUGGAACCAACGACUUACAUAACAAAACACCAGAAGAUCUAAUAAAUGCAAUGAAUGAUCUUGGUGAAACGAUCCAUAGACAGAACAACGAUCUGGAACUUAUAUGGUCGGAAAUAAUAACUCGAACUGAUGAUCCAAACUUAGCAGAAAAG